CUCGUUCAGCCUCAAGGACCCAACGCCCGCCAACUUCAAGCUUGAUGCGCCAGCCAUGUCCUCCUCAACCCUAAGCGCAGCAGACCGCGAACGAUAUCGCGAGAAAUAUCGUAAAAAGCUCGCUAAAGCACUGACCGAAGACGACGAUCCACUGGCAACCUACAACCAAUUUGUGCAAUGGACCGUGAAGCAUUAUGGGGAGAAGGACAGAAGCAGCGGCUUGCUGGAGCUGUUGAAAGAUGCGACGAACCAAUUCAAGGACGACCCGAUGUACAAGAACGAUCUGAGGUAUUUGAAGAUGUGGGCUUUGUAUGCGAGGCAGCUGGAGAGGUCCCAGGCAGCGAAGAUUUAUGCAUUUUUGGUGGAGAAGGAGAUUGGAACAACGUAUAGUGCUCUAUACGAGGACUAUGCAAAUCUGUUGGAGAGGGAAGGAAGACGGAGUGAGGCAGAGAAGAUCUAUCUGCAGGGAAUCGAGAAGCAGGUUAGGCCCCUGGAACGUCUCAAGACGAGAUAUAAAGAGUUCCAGGCCAGGGCAAGUCAGGCAGCUGCACAAAGUAACAGGUCGAUACCCUCUGGGAGCCGGUCAGCAUCUCUCGCCUCGAUUGCUUCGGCACCUUCAACAACCUCUGCAAAUCUCGUUUCCUUCAACUCGACUGCUGCCUCUCGAUAUGCUCUUAUGCUCGCCCCAACGCCUCCGGGAAAACGACCAGAGAAGUUAAAGUUUAACAUGGGGCUACUGUGGACAGACGAUGGAGUGGAAUACAGUAUACAAGAAGCCCGAGCGCGAUCUAUGGGUCUCUUGGGCAAGAAAUGGGGUCCUCCACCACCAUCCGAACUUCCCUACUACGCAUCGCUGGCAGCAUCAUCUUCAUCUACCACUCCCGUCGACUUCAACGACGAUAAUAUGAAAUCGACCAGGACUAUGGGCAUGCGGAGGAGGAGUAUGCUUGGUGGUGCUGAGCCGACUGUCACGAUCAAUACCAAAGAGGCAUUGGCGGAUGUGUUUGGCAUGUACAACUCCCCGGAGAAGACCCACAAGUUUACGCCAGGAAGUAAGCAUGCGCCAUUGAAGAAAAUCGAACCUGCUACUCCCAUGGUCAUCCCCAAACCGACCUUCUCCAAUGAGAAUGAGAACGCGAAGACGCCGAGUUUGUCCUUCCGACCCUUCGUUGACGAGAAUGCGAAGACGCCCAGUUUGUCCUUCCGGCCAUUUGUCGAUGAGAAUGCUCAGAGCAAGAUGACAACGCCAGCUCCUUCGAAGCUCAAUGUCUUCGUCGACGAACAGAACAAGACGCCAUUCAUCACGCCUCGGAGCGCUUUUGGUCUCAAGGAUACUACGACUCCUUCACUCACGCAACCACGGAACGAGAACGCGCCUCGUAGCGCCUUCAAGCCGCUAUCAACACUCUCUGAAGAAUCUGCGGACAAGCCCGUCUUUAGCAAAGUAUUUAACCCUCCACAAACAGACGUUCCAUUGGCGCCUCUUCGCGACGUUUUCACCGAUGAUCAUGGCAAACCCGUCCCCAAACCCAAGGCUAUGCACACCCAUGAGCGGGCCAAGUCUCAUGAUAUUGGAGCGGAUUCCAAAAGCCCAGCGUUCACGCCAUUCGUGGAUGAGAACGCGAAGACUCCGUUCAAAGUCUUCAGCCUACCCGGCACCAACGACGAGAAUGCCCUAGGAAGAGCCAACCCCUUCACUCCCAAAACCCCCACCCCUGCCGUUUUCACCCCCUUUGUCGAUCCCAAACCUGAACCUGCUUUCACCCCCUUUGGAUCCUCCACCAAUCGAGCCUUCACACCCUUCGCUGACAAGACUCCUGCUCAAUCCACUGCCUUCAAGCCUGAGCCCGAGCCGGAACCCGAACACGAAGCAUAUGAGGAGGAGCAUCAACAAGCUUACGAGGAGGAGGAGGUAUAUGCGCAGGAAGAGGAAUACAGCUAUGACGAGGAGCAUAUCGAGCAAUACCAGGCACCUCUCGCGCCCGAACACAUCCAAGAGGGAUACGACGAAGGGUCCUCGUACCAUCAUGAAGCUCCUCUCGGUGGGCGCUUCGGGCAAUUCAGUGUCAUGACGCCCAUAGCGGAACGGACAUGCGAAUUUACGACGAGCACACGCGGAGGCACAACGCCAAGUGACCGAUAUGGUCGACCUCAAGAUGGGGAGGGCUCACCAAAGAGCAAACAUGCACCAUUCUUGCGAGACGAGUUGGUUGCCGCUCGGGAUGCCAGGCGACUGGAAGCUGAACUUCAGGAUGACACGAGCGAAGAGUUGAUGCAAGGGCGCGACGAAGGGGAGGACGAAGAGGCCUAUGGUGAAGACCAGGGUGGACUGCAACUAGAAGAACGGACAGGUGCACUCAGUCUCGUCGACACUCUCACUCUCAAUUCGAAAUUCCGGCCACCAAAUCCCUGCAACCCAUUCGAUCCUCCCAUCAUGUCCACCCUCUUAUCUCGUGUCCAAACAGAUUCCCAUUUCUACGACCUCCGUGAAUAUUCAUCUCAGAAACUGGACCAGCUUCAAAAGUUCUUCAAGAAAGGGGGCAGGAAGAAUAGUACGACUGUGACCGACCUCUUCCCACUUACUCUGGAAAACAAUCGGUUUAUGUUGUCCGAAAAGCUGGGUGAAGGAGGCUUUGGAUCCGUGUACAAGGCUCGGGAUCUUGGAAUGAGGACAGGGGAUGAUGAUGAUGACGACGACGAUGACGAUUUUGACGACUUUGACGACGACGAAGAGAACGCAUCCAUGGUGGCCAUCAAGGUGGUCAAGCCUCGCAAUCUUUGGGAAUACCACGCACUACGCCGCCUCCACUCGGCACUUCCAGCGAACCUACGGAGAUCUCUGGUUCUUCCGCACGGACUUUAUGCCUAUGGAGAUGAGAGCUUCCUCAUCCUCGAUCUCUGCACCCAGGGCAUGCUUCUUGACAUCGUCAACAACGCCGCUUCAGCCGGUAUUUCUCAAGCAGGAGCCUGCCUCGACGAACUCCUCGUUAUCUUCUUCACUAUCGAACUACUACGUUUGGUUGAAGGAAUGCACAGCGCCGGGUUCAUCCACGGAGAUCUCAAGAUCGACAACUGUUUGUUGCGACUGGAGGAUGUACCUGGAGGAGCAGCAGCGUGGUCUUCAUUGUAUCAGCCGUCGGGAGAAGGGGGCUGGCAAUACAAGGGUCUCAAGGUGAUCGACUUCGGUCGAACUAUCGACACCAGGCUCUUCCCAGCGGAUCAACAGUUCAUCGCAGAAUGGCCGACGGACGAACGAGAUUGUUUCGAGAUCCGAGAGGGCAGGCCAUGGACGUACCAAACGGACUACUUUGGUUUGGCCGGAAUUAUUUACUGCAUGCUGUUUGGGAAGUAUAUCACCUCCAGCGCAGUCGUGCAGGUCCAGGGCCAACAUGGGGAGACGCGCUACAAGAUUGGGACACCGUUGAAACGGUAUUGGCAGGCGGACCUUUGGAAUCGGUUGUUUGACAUUUUGUUGAACCCGACUCUAAUUAGACCGGGUGGGGAGCUGCCACUUCCAAAGGAGUUGGCGGGUGUCAGGGUAGAUAUGGAGGCGUGGUUGCAGGCUAAUUGCAAUAGGACGAGCAAUACUUUGAAAGGAUUGCUGAAGAAGGUGGAAAUGUCGUGUUACCGAUGA